AUGUCGCUAGAAGUUAAGAACAGCAUAAAAGGAAGCGAAUUUCAAGAACUUCUUGAUGAUUUAGGUAUUCGUGAAGACAUCUCUGACAUCGCUUCUAAGAAAACUAAUCAUAGUUUUUUACAAGUUUAUAAUGACGGAUAUGAACGAGUGUCUAACGUAUUUGUUGCAUUUAUUCAAAGAGUAAAGCAAAAAAGACUGGAAGAACAGAAGUUUAGAGACUCGAAGCGUGAAGAAUUGAAGAAAUUUUCUGAAAGUGUAGCUUUUCAAUUCCAAAAAUGCGUACAGAGAUGGAAUGAGAGGAAAGUAAAGCUUCCAGUUGAAAUACAUCAUCUGAUGCAAGAAGAGAAGAAGAAUUGCGAAUUCAUUUUGAAAGAAAUGGAUUGCAAAGUGGAAAAUCUUAAGAUUCUCCUCGAAGAAAGAGAAAAGAAGUACGAAGAUGAACUCGAAGAGUUGAGAAAUGACUUGUCGUAUCUGAUCAAAAAAUCCGAAUGCUUAAUCAAUCAUCUAUAUGAUCUAUCGAGGGAAGAAAUCCAAACUAUGAUUGAUUUUUCUGUACGAGAAACGCGAAAAAAACACACGAAAUGUUUUAAUGCAUGGAAGAAAAAAUCUCAAGAGAUUUUAGAUGGAAGAGGUUUUUAUCUACAAACUUUAGAGCAAAGACGAAAAGAAUAUGAACAUGAAAUUCGGAAAGAAGAAAAAUUAAGUUCUGAAGAAUACGUCAUUCUUCGUAGAAGACUUCUUGAUGAUGUCAGGUCUGAAGAAUGGGAUAAAUUAAUUCCUGAACAGAAACGAGAACUUAUUCACCUGAGUAAGAAGUUUGAACAGCUGCAAUAUCUCCUGAGGAUGCUUCAAGACCAGCAAACGUUAAAGCGUAUUCAGAUCCAUAAAGAUCGAAAGGAUCUUACAGAAAAACUUAAAAAAUCCGAAGAAAGAUGGGAGUACCUUCGAUUUCUCGAGAAUAGAAAGUAUGUCGACGUUUUUAUCUUAAGAACAAAUGAAAUUAAAGAACUCUGUAGCAGAGUAUUGGGAGCAGAUAAGGCCAUUCGGGAGAAUAUAUUGGGCAUAAAGUGGGAAAAAAUAAACUUUCAAGAAGGAAAAGCUUCAAAAAGUCCAUCUUUUGAAACAGAAAGUUGGAAUUUUCAAUGGAAAUUUCAUUUAUUUAACAUUAUUUGCGAACAGAUGAGUUUUUUGAUUAAAGAUAAAUUCCUUUUUCCAAAAGGUACUAAUUUAUUGAAAUUAGAUACUUUAUUAAAUAUCUUAGGAAUUAAGACGUCGAAGGAUCUCGAAUAUUUUUUACAAUACUUUAGGAAUUGUAGCGAAUACGACGAAACAAUUUUGGUGAACGUUAAAGAAUUCUUAGAAAAUAAAAUAAAAACAAAAAAUUGGUAUCAGCACGAGCACGAAGAAGUAAAGGUCGAAGAUUGGAAAGAGUGCAUCAAUUUAAUCCCUAAAGAACGUUUACUUUUAUGGGAAACCCUUUACGAAAUGCAGAAAAACUACCACGAACUGCUUAAAAGAAGAUCUCGACUCUUAAAACACAAAAAGGAAUUAACUCUAAAAAAUUAUAAACUGAUAAACGUAAAAAGUCGUUUAAAUGUUAAAAAGACGUAG